AUGGACAGGUGGUGGAAUAAUUUAUGUAAACCUGUUGGUAUCUACAAAGACUACUUCAUUAGAGAAAAAUUUGCUCGUGUCUCUUGGUUCAUUUGGAAGAAUAGAAAUAGUAAAUGUUUUAAUGGUCAUACUUAUGAUGCGAAGACCAUCAUUAAUAGAGCAUUGGCCUACUGGAAUGAAAUUAAAGAGAUAUCCUCUUGUGUGAUUAACAAUAACAGGAAAAUGGUAACCCACGUUGAGUGGUUCUGGCCCAAACACAACUACAUCAAGAUUAACUUUGAUGCCUCUUGCUCGAACAGUGGCAAUUAUGCAAUUGGCUGCAUUGCUAGGAACCAUCAAGGCAAUGUCCUGGAAUCUAAAGCUAUUGGCAUUAGAAGUUCAACUAUCAAUCUUGUUGAAGCUUGGGCAACUAUUAAUAUGGCUAUCAACUAUAGGGAUCAGAAAAUCAUCAUUGAAGGUGACUCUAAACUUGUUAUUGACUGCCUCAAUGGUAGACUUGCACCUCCGUAG